AUGAUGCUGAAGGUCGCGCUUCUGUUGCUUUCGUUGUGCUCAACGGGGCUCGCCAAGAAGCAGCUCAACAAUUGCCUCGACGACAACAAAUAUUGUUUGGGUCUUCCGCGGAAUUGCAUCGGAGCACAAUGCCAUUUCGCCUACAGUUUCAUUUCAAACGGAACCCAUUUGGAGAUUGAGCUUCUCGGAAAGAACAUCAUUGACAGGACAUGGCUCGCAAUUGCCUAUUCCACCGACAAAUAUAUGGAAGACGAUUUGGUCGUGUUUUGCCUUCGAGAUGAUGGUCGCGAGAAGUCUGGAAAAUCACUCGCAGGAUUAGCUUACAACGAGAAGCAUGAGAAUAAGCUGAUUGGAACCAUCGAUGAAUUGAACGAGGACAACGAUAUGGGAUUCGAUUUGAAAAUGGUGGAUUAUAAUUUGGAGGAUCAAGGAUUGUAUUGCAAAUUCACGCACAAGAUUGACCCAAUUGUCAACGAAUUCAACACUACCAAGCUUCACAUUCUGAUGUCGAAAGGAGUUUGGAUGAAGGACAAUCUCUCGUACCACGGAAAGACACGCAGCGAUGUUGGAUCAGUGGAUGUGAGCGGAGUGAAAAAACGCAAAAGCUCCGGCUCACUGGUCAAUAUCUUCCCUCCAAUCGCCGCGUUGGCUCUCGCGAUUUUCAUCAGAAAUUAG